GCCCCGAGCUCCCUCCUCUCCUCUCCUCUCCGCCGGCCCCACCGGUUGCGGCCGCCGCCAGGCUUAGUCAGAGGAAUGUGGGUGGGACUCCCGCCUCCCCCGGCACCUUAAAAACCCGAUCGGACCGACACGCACGCAGUCUCCCGUCCCGGCGGAGCGUCCCCGCCGCACCCCGCCCCGCCGCACCCGCGACGCUCGGGCUCGCCGGGUCCCCCCGCCGGCCGGGCAGGAUGGUGGUGUGCGGCCUCGCCUGCUGGAGGUGCAGGUGGCUCCUGCCCCUGCUGCUGGGCCUGGCCAUCAUCAUGGGCAUCAUCGCCCUGGCUGGCAGGGGAUGGCUGGAGUCCGAGUCGGAGCCCUACGUGCAGCAAGCGUCGCUGUGGGAGAGCUGCACCCGGGGCCCGACGGACCUCAACUGGAACUGCGAAUCCCUCAUGGACUACGGAUGGGGGAGAGCAGCAGCUGCCACGUACCUCGUUGGCUUUGUGAUCCUGGUCAUCUGUUUCGCCCUCGCAGUCAUCGCGUUCUCGAUCGAGAUACUCCGCUUCAACUUUGUGCGAGGAAUUGGAGGCUUGCUCUUUGUUGUUGCUGCAUUCCAAAUCAUAGGCUUGGUCAUCUACCCAGUGAAAUUCGCAGAAGAAAUUCCACUGACGGGAGAUAACAUGUUCAGCUGGGCCUAUGGCUUUGGUUGGGCCAGCACUGUUGUUGUAAUAGGUUGUGCUUUCUUCUUCUGCUGCCUCCCCAACUGGGAAGAUGAAGUCCUGGGAAACAUCAAGCCUACCUAUUACUACUCGUCCCCAGAGAGAGCACCAUACUUAAAUUGAAAGAUUAAAUCCAAGUACAACCAACUGUCGAAACAGCAGAGGAGCACCUCUGAUGUAAAUUUGGUGCGAUUAUAGGAGACUGAAAAAAACCACCUUAUUUCUCCAGAGUAUUUCUUACUAGCCCUGGCAAUAAAUUAGUAAAAACAUUGGCAUCUUUAAGCAAAUAGCUUUUACCCAAAGUAUUAUUUACGUAUUAUCAUGUCGAUUCUGUUUGGGUGGUUUACUUGCUCCUUCCCCUCCUGACUAAUUGAGUCAUCCUUAUUUUAUUCAAACAUUUGCUUAUGAAUAAAGAUGUAGUGUUUCAAGUGUAGAAAGGAAGAGGAGAGAUUUUAAACAACCCAUUAGAGGGACCUGCAAGUUAUUUUGUUUUCACCUCUGACAAAAUUGCCUUAAAUGGAACUGGAAAAAAAACAGCCUUCCAAAGAAUGGGUUUUUUUCCUCCAAAGUCGGUCCCAAGGAAGGAACUUCCCUGAGGCUAUUGCAGUCACCUGCUGCCUAAGAAUCUUGUUUCAUUCCUGUUACUGGACUAUUGUUGACUAUUAGCUAUUUGAAUUAAGGGGAAAAUAAAAUUACAAUUUAUUUUCCACCAAUUGGUGCUCUUGAACGGAGAGAUCUCUAAAGCAUGGAGCUGGUGUGUGUAACAGUGGCUAAUGUAACACUUAUUGGUGGUUUUGUGGCCACAGCAGGACUUGUGAUGGAGCCACAUAUAAUUUGAUGUACAUUGUCACAGAGAGAAUCAAUAAACCUUCAGAUGUUAAACUGCAUACAUUUUUACAUGGUAUUCGAGGGAUGCUGAUUUAGAAAAUGCCUUUGAGUAGAAACAUGCACUGUUCUUUAUGUCUACCUUUGUAAAACUGCAGGGUUUUAAUUAUCAGCCGUGCUUUGGAGACAAAUCUUAGCAUAAGGUGUUGAAAACCUCCAAAAGUUUCUAAAGCACGCUGUAGGUACUCCAGAGUUUAGAAAACUUGAGGAUGCUUUGUGAGUCACUAGGUAUAACAGGUAAAAAUAGAAAAGCAGUUCCAUGAGUAAUUUACGUAUGCAAACUUUGUACAGACACCCGUCUCGGGGACUAAUCUGGCUGGCUCCUAGCUUGUGUUUCUGGAGCCAGCAAUUCCAAAUAAGUAUUGCAGUGAGGCAGAGCCGUGUCUGUGUUGAUCAUGGACCUGCAGCACCUUACAGCAGAUUUAAUUAUAGUCUAUAAUCUUUGUCAGAGCUUUCUUCAGCUGGGGAAGAAGAAGGAAGAGGCUCUUUUGUGGAGCUCCUCUUCCAGCUAGAGGGGAAGUAGCUCUAGCAGAAGCAGAUUUCUGAGGGGGGUACAGGUAGGGUGGUAAGCAAAUGCUGCGCGUUACUCUGUGUAAUGAGCAGUUGGGGACUUAUUUCUUACUGUUGUGAACGCAGUACUUAGCAGAGGGUAACUGUGUGAGUAUAUGUAUUCAUGCACGUGUACAAAAUAGAAUUUACAAAGCAUUAACCAGCAUACUGUAAAGCUAAAGUCAUUUAGAACUAAGCUUUUUCAAUACCCAAUAUUUCUUGUAUUAUAUAUUGUAUAGCUUUCUGUUUUGUAACAUCUUUUUUAAUUUGGUAAUUCUGUAUAUUGCGUAUGAUCUUGUUUUGGAAAGGCCAGGUGACUUCUGAAGGUCCCUUCCAGGCUUGUAUUUUAUAACUUGACAGAGUGUAAACAUCUGCAGACUUCAGAACUGUGUUACAAGCUCAAUCAUGGCAUAUAUAAUCAACUGUAUUUAUGAUUCUUGCUGAAGAAGAGAAUCCUGUGACAAAUGUGCCUUUUUUUUUUUUUUUUUCUUUUCUGUAUAAUACUGGCUGGUGGGCAAUACUGUGUAGACUUCUCUGUGUCAUGAGUAAUGUUAGGACCUAAUUUUCUAGUGAAUUCAAAACACAGCAGAGAAUCCCAAGUCUGGAAAAUCCUUGCACAGCUAAAGCUGAGAAGGAGAAAGGACGUAAGAAAAUGGACACCCUUCCUAAUGAGAGGGAGGAUGGUAUAGUAAUAGGGUUCAGCAUAACUUAAGUCUUUUGUAUGGGGUUUUUAUAAGCAUUGUCAUAACUUGUCAAAAAAGCACAAAUGUAAAAUAAACUUGGCUCUGAAUGUACUGGGAGGGGUGGAAGCAUAACCAGCAUGUUACACAAUUAAGAUGUUCUGGAGAAAGCUAUUGCAAAUAGUCAUUAAUUACUCUCAAGUGAUACUAAUGUAUGUGGCAUUCCUUUCAAAUGUGGUGGGUUAAUUAAAACUGUUUUAAC